AUGAGCACCUGCUGCAAGGAGUACGAGGAUGCUGAGAGGUCUAUGUUGGAGCUUGUUUUCGCACCUUGCGGUGCCAUCGCCGGGAGCAACAUCAACUGGAUCGAGAAAACUGACAAGGAGAUCGUAGCUGCAACGAUGAAGGAGCUCGAACGGCUCUUCCCGGACGAGAUUGGUGUCUCACUGGUCGGUGGAGGCGCACAGCUACGCAAGGCGACGGUGGUGAAGGUACCACGCAGCGUCUAUGCUGCAAUCCCAGGACGCAACAAGUUCCGGCCUUCUCAGGCCACACCCGUGCCCAACUUCACCUUGGCGGGCGAUUGGACUAGCCAGAAGUUCUUGGGCAGCAUGGAAGGAGCCGUGCUGGCGGGCAAGUUGGCCGCAGAGGUGAUUUGCGACCGUGCCAGGGGGAUCAAGGCACAUCUUUCCUCAAACCCCAAAGCCUCUUCUCGCUUAAGUCUGCAUUACGGGUGCGCCGACCUGUUGCAUCCAAGGUUCAUUGAUGUCGUCAUUUCGUAG